AUGGGUUGCUGCGCAUCACGGCCAUCGCCUGACGACGACCAUCCCCCGUCCGAAAACGACGGAGACCAACACUCCCAGCAGACUUCUCGCAAUAACAGCGCCGCUGAUCCCUCCGUCUCCACAACUUCCGGCCGCCGACGCACGCGACGGCCCGCCCCCAACAUCCCACUGGACGAACACUACAAUGAGCCCGUGCGCCUCCACGUCUGGAGCAGCAAACGCCGCACCUGGACGCGCGUUCAGCUCGACCGCGAGCGCCGCGAGUUCUUUGAGACUCGCGUGACCGGCCGCCCGGAAGUGUGGGCGGCGCUCUCGUCUACGAUCUCGCUGAUACGCGCCGGCGACCUGGCCACGGCGCAGAGCAUCGUCGAUGCAGCCGGUAUAACCAUCCCAACCGGUGAUCUGUGCGAAGGUGCCUACGACGAACAAGGCAUGCUCUACCGUCUUCCGCAGUGCAUCGUCAGCGAUCCCGACAACAUGGUCCAGAAUACAUCCCCGGUCCCUGGAUCCGACGACGAAGCACGGGACGAGGAUACCAAGGCCAUGUCGGACGGUGGGCUGGCGACGGACGACGAUGCCUCGGGCGAUGAGUUGAUCGACGAGGAUCUGGAGCGGCGCCGCGAUGAGAAGGGCAAGACCCGUGAGCAGGACCUUAUCCGCGUGCAGACGCGGCUAAGUGACCGUGGCGGUCCAGACUUGGUGCUGCAGGUAGGUAAGGAUCAGAGCGUGGGGUUUCUAACUCGCAAGAUUCAUCACGAGGCAGGGCUUGCUGGUCAUCAGCGCGUGCGUAUCGCCUACCUUGGCCACGUUCUGAAAGAGAACGAGUCACUGCCCGACCAAGGGUGGCAGAGCGGUCAUAUUAUCAAUGCUCUGAUUGCGUCUCGCUUUCCGGUCUCCUAG